CCAAAGGCCUUUAGUUUAUACGUCGCCGUGAAUUAGAACAGUUCGCAAUGAGUUUAGCCGGUAAAGUUGUAAUUGUAACCGGAGCAAGUUCGGGUAUUGGUGCUGUAACUGCGGAGGCCUUUGCCAAACUCGGUGCUAAAGUAGCAUUGGUAGGACGAAAUGCGGAAAAUCUAAAAGCCACUGAAGUAUCCUGCAAGGCAGCCAACAACAAAGUUGAAUUACUACCCAUCAUUGCUGACGUCACUGUGGAUGCAGAACGUAUUGUAAAAACUGCUGUUGAUAAGUUUGGCAAAUUGGAUGUUUUAGUUAAUAAUGCCGGUGCCGGUGCAUCUGGUCAUAUUUUGGAUAUUGACGUUGAUCAAUUCGAUCGUGUAAUGAAUACAAACGUACGUUCGGUUUUCCUUCUAACCAAAUACGCCGCGCCACAUCUCAUCAAGACACAAGGUAGUAUUGUGAAUGUCUCCAGUGUCGCUGGAUUACGUUCAUUCCCUGCUGUUUCGGUCUAUUGCACUUCCAAGGCUGCUAUUGAUCAGUUCACACGUUGUAUUGCCUUGGACUUGGCGCCGCAUAAAGUGCGCGUGAACGCUGUGAAUCCUGGUGUUAUCGUCACUGAAUUCCACAAACGUGUCGGCAUGUCAGAGGAGCAGUAUGCUGAAUAUUUGGCGCGUUGUAAGGAAACUCACGCACUCGGCCGUGUUGGUGAGGCGAAGGAAGUGGCCGACACCAUUAUUUUCUUGGCCAGCGAUAAGUCCAGUUUUAUAACGGGCGCAACACUGCCCGUUGAUGGUGGCAAACAUGCUAUGUGUCCGCGUUAAACAUAAAUGGAAUUACAGAUUUUGUAAAUUGACGUCAAUAAAAUUUUACUGUGAUUAUAA